AUGGCUUUCGUUAAGAAUAUCUUGCUCCUGUUCGCUAUCCUGGUCCCUGCGGCAAUCCUAGCUCAAAAUGGUACAGAUGUACCUCCAAGCUCGGAUGGACCAUCGUCUGACUCCCCCAACGGUGGUAGCACCGAACCACCGAUGCCAUCAUCAGCGUCAGGACCUUUCGACCACUUCUCCUUCAAGCCUCCCAAGUUCGACUGGCCUACCGUACCUGGAUUCUUCGGUGGUGGUUCCCGUAACAAGAGGGCUGCUUCUGAGCCUGUGGACGCGGAACACGCUCGCCAGGACCAUGCCUUCUUCCGCCGUGUGAUUAGGUGCAACUUCUUGACCGAGGGAGGCUUCAGGUGCACGUCUUGCAACACAGUCCGCCGCUGCUAUCCUUUCAACAUCGGCACAGUCUCCACUUGCAGCGGACUGUUCCCCUACUGCAGGAACGGACAAUGUUCCAUGACGAAGGGAGCCCUUUGCACUGACACGACAUCAACUUCAUCUACUUCCUCUACAUCUACUGAUUCUACUAGCACUUCUAGUUCCUCGAGUUCUUCAUCCAGCUCUUCAUCGAGCUCAUCUUCCUCAAGCACCUCCACCUCUACCACCAAGAGUAAAUAA